AUGGUUUCUUGUUCAAGAAAGAGAGUGCAGUGUUUUGAGCCUGACCAGAAUAGUGCUACUCCAUGGGGUUGUUCCACUGAUCUGAGAAUCUACGACGAUCCAUGGAAGAUAAAGAAGGUUCUCACGGCCACCGACGUCCUCCGCCACCAUAACAGGCUGCUGUUAGCCGCCGUCUUGGUUCAGAAUCUGGUGUGCACCGUCCUAACUGAUGAUGAAAGCUUCAAGCUUGAUUCUGGAGAUGGAGCUGAGAUCAAGUUCUGGGACGUGGACACCAUGUCACUUCACACUCUGGUCCUCAAAAAAUGGGCUUCUACUGGCAGCUUCGUUCUGAUUGGGAAGUGGAAUGAUGAUUUCGUGAAGAGGAGGAAUCUGAAGAAAGGAGACGAGAUUGGGUUUCAGUGGGACAAGUUCAAUCGUCGCUUCAACUUCUCUGUUCUUCAUCGCGCCAUGGCUUGA